AUGGGUCUUUUCUCAAAAAAGCGAACCAGCCCCCCUGUGCAAGCGGCAGGGUACACAGCAUCUGGCUCCCAUCAGGCAUAUGCUAGUGCUUCAUCGCAGCCUAGAACUGCCCAGCCAGCGCAACAGUUUGGGUUGUUGCCCCUGAACUCGUAUACUGCUGUUCAUCCGUCGUCGCAAACAUAUCAUAUCGACGUGGUUGCAAUUCAUGGCUUGAACGGGAAUGCUUACACGACGUGGACGAAUAAGCGCCACCAACUCUGGCUUCAAGAGUUCCUCCCAAGCGCACUCCCGGGAGCAAGAAUCUAUACUUUCAGUUAUGAUUCAAGGAUCUUCAGUCGGUCUGCUUCCGGGAUUAAUGAGUUCGCGCAGUCAUUAUUAUCGGAACUGGAAAAGAAGCGGCGAACAGCAGCGGAUCGUCAACGUGGAAUCAUAUUCAUUUGUCACAGUUUGGGGGGUAUUGUCUGUAAGAAAGCUCUAGUUGUCGCUCGUCAAGAUCCCCGAUAUGGAAACAUCCUCCAGUACACGAAAGCCGUUCUAUUCUUUGGAACGCCUCAUCGUGGCUCCGACCAAGCAAGUAUUGGGUCAGUGAUAUUCAAUAUCUUCAACAACGUGAUAUCUGUCACUGUGCCCGAUCGCUAUCUUGCGAAGGCGAGACAGGAUCUGGUAGCAUUGCUCAAGUAUCAAAACCAGACUCUCACCGACCUCUCCGAGGCCUUCAGGAUUCAAUCCAAGGUAUUAGAGAUCGUGAGCUUCUACGAAUCAGCCUCCUCCCCUCCCUUCAACAAGCUGUUGGUGACUCGAGACUCCGCCCGCAUCGGAGUUGGUAGUGAACAACUGGUUUCCUUACCAUACAACCACAGCGACAUGUGCAAAAUAGAGGAUACAAGUAGCAAAGCCUACGUGAUCCUCGUUCACACAUGCCGAAAAUACGGAAUGCGUAGGUAGUACUCAAGCAGAUCCACGUCAACCAGGCACAGCUCAAAGAACUCGACGUUGAUGAGGGAAGGUCCCUCGAGCCCAGGACAUGCGGUAGAUCUCGUUAUACAAUCGACCUCCUUCGGGAAUAC